CUGGAAUGUCCAGUGAUGCAAACAGUUUGUGUUUGUGUGUUGCAAUGAGACAUGCAUUGUACAAUCCCACUGGGCAGUCCAUGUUGUGAACCUUAUUGCUCCCUGAAAACUCAAACACGCAGGAAUUCUGCUCAGGAAACGCUUGUCUAGAGACCAUGCUGUUGUCUGUAAUCCUUCUGUUUUUCCAACUGUGGGGUAAUGUGGAAGUUUCUUCAUCACAGAUUGAAUGCUUAACGCUCCCAGAUGUUCCUCAUGCCAACAUUUCAGAAGAGACCAAAAGAAUUGAUUACCAAGGAGGACAUGUGAUACAUUUCACAUGUGAACCUGGUUACAAUACAUCCGGGCCAACUAUCAGAUAUGUUUGCACGAGUGAGGGCUGGCUGGCAGUCCAACAGGAAUCCUGUUCCCCGAGAUCAUGUGGCCAUCCCGGGAAGGCCCCGUUUGCAGAUUUUCAUCUGGAAAAGGGAGACGAUUUUGUCUUUGGGUCACAAGUUGUGUACACCUGCAACAAAGGUUAUCAAAUGGUCAGUCGCACAAAAUACCGGCGUUGCAUGUCUGAAGGCUGGGAUGGUGUGGUUCCUGUCUGUGAAGCCCAACAGUGCCCAGUGAUUCACGUGGAACAGAAUGUCCAGGUGAUUGGGGACCCAGAGGAAGCAACCUAUGGCAAUGUAGUUCAAUUCAGCUGCAAGUCCCGCACUGAAAUCCUGUCUGGGUCACAAGAAAUGUAUUGUGAUGAAAAUGGAGAAUGGCGUGGACAAAUUCCUACAUGCAAAGAGAUAACUUGUGCAGUACCCGAGAUUGAAAAUGGUUUUGUGCCUGGAGAUAUUCCAGAGUACAAAGAAGAGGAGGUCCUGCACUUUCGUUGUGAUGCUAGAUAUAAACCCACUGUAGGCAGACCUUCAAAAUGCAUCAAACAUGGAAUUAGAGCAGAGUGGAGCCCCACACCUGCAUGUGAACCAAUAAGAUGUAGACUGACACUGCCGCCACAGAAGGGAACCAGGUAUCAAUCUCCUUCCAGAAAUGUGUUUCUACCUGGUGACACAGUGAGAGUCAUGUGUGGAGAUAAGUACUGGAUUUCACACCCUUGGGGUACCUCAGUAGUGACUACAUGCAAAGAGGAUGGAGAAUGGACUUUCCACCCAGUGUGCCAAGAGGUUGUAUGCAGUAAUCAAAGACCACAGCAUGUGUAUCACUGGAGUGUUGAAUGGCGCCAACGAAUGACAUUGGGUGAGACUGCAACAUAUUUGUGUGGGACGGGCUACAAGAAGACAGAUGGUGCCACCUCGGCCAAAUGCACCAGAGAUGGAUGGAAUCCAAAUCCACUUUGUCAAGAGAUAACAUGCAACAGUCAAUCUUACGAGGAGGCAGACAUUGAUGGAGAGGUUAAGACCAUAUACGGGUACAGGGAGCAGGUCCAUUAUACCUGCAAGGCUGGUUCUGAGGGACGUUUUACUCUAACCUGUGAGAAAGCAGGUUGGAUCGGGACUCCACAAUGUAGAACUUCUUUGGGUUGUGGGACGUCACCACCCCUUACAGACGGAGACACCACAGAAGCUCUAAGAUUCCAACACCGCCAUGAAGAAAGGGUUCACUAUCGCUGUCAGAACUACUAUACCAUGGAGGGUGAGCCUUACAAAACCUGCAUCAAUGGGGAAUGGAUUGGACGGAUCAGGUGUCUAAAACCCUGCACUGUGGAUAGAGAAGCCAUGCGUUCGCAUAAUAUUGACUUCAGAUAUGGAUCUCAAGAUAAGCUAUAUUUGGUCCAUAAUGAUCAUGUUACUUUCGUGUGUAUCAGUAACAGAAAACCUGUCGACACAUCGGGCAUGCGUUGCCAGUGUGUUGACGGUGAGAUGAACCUGCCCACUUGUCAGUAAAGGUUUUUAGUUAACUAGAAGUGAUGGACCUGAGAUGGAUGAACAGAAAUGUAAAAGUUUAACAACAAUAGUUAGACCACUUAGUACAGAACUGAUCUUCUGUGUCUACUUCAGUGCUGUCAACUGUGACACUUUUAAUAAAACAUUCAUGUUCA